AUGGAUGGCAAUAAUGGCGAGAUAAUAUUAGAUUCUAGUUCGAAUAACAAAGGAGUGGCCAGUAAGAAGAGGAAAAUAGGAAAAAAAACAACUCAAUCUAAUACCAGUACAAACGAAAAUAGAAGAAGCGCUCAAGCCUCGAGGACACUCAAAGCUUGUGAUCUCUGUCGAAAGCAGAAGACUAGAUGUUUCAGAUCACCAGAUAAUCCAAAGUCUUGCUUGCGAUGUAAAUUCUUGGACAAAAUAUGUUCUUUUGAAUCCAAUCCAGAGCCAUUACAAUAUAACAACUCCAAUAAUGCACCAAGCCAAACACAAGGCACUACUGGCGAAGAAAGCAAGAAGAUAGAUAUGAUAUACAGUGGCGUGACCGAAAUAUUGACGUUGUUGAAGAGUGGAGCCAAUAACUUUGAGCUAUUGAAUAAUGAUGCAAAGCUUCUCUUGGAUGCAGCAAGUUCUAUGAAGAAAAGUUCAGAGCAGGAGUCGUCAUCAUCAUUGUCGUACUUUGAUAACCUCUACCAAGGAGGAAGAGCAUCAGCUGGCUUUCUGACGACCUUGGGAGGUUCAUCGUUGUCGUAUCCACUGCAGAGCCAAGAUAUGGACACAAUAAAAGAAUUCAAUGUGGAUAACGAUACCCAGUCGUCGUUUCAAUCGCCGACAAAUUCUUUGAAAGUAUCGCCGUUUUCAGUCGUUAAUAAUCAAGUGGAUAAUAACUAUAUCCCUCAACCAAUAAAUAAGCUACUCAAUUUAUCUACGGUAUCUGAGCACAAGAAAAGCUCAUUUUUUGAAUCAAAAAAUGAUCUUCUUAGUUUGGGUAUACUAAGUGAAUCGGAAGCUAUUGACUUGAUCAAUGACUUCAGGAGGAAUUAUGGAAGGUGGGUAAGUUUCCCUCAAAACUUGCCAACGAGUGUUUUAAUUGAACGUAUCAGAUACAAGUCAUCAUUAUUACUAACGACCUGCUGCUGCCUUUCAAUGAGGUAUUCUUUGAAUGGAGUUAGUCCUGGAGACGUGGAUAAUUUAAGACGCAAGAAAAAGACUUAUAAGGCAAUGUUCAAACAUUUAAUAAAAGAUUUGGGUGAAUCGUUGUUAGGGUAUGCUGUGUUUCAAAGGGCAAGUGAUAAUAGCGGUGAUAUUGAGUUCUUACAAGCCCUAGUAAUAUUGUCAAUAUAUCUGUUGUCCUUGUCUUCAAUUGUCACAAAUACCCUAGAUGAAGAAUCUUUGUUAGAUGAGUCUGAUUUAGAUUUGAAAAACAUGAAUUUAGAUCCUUGGUUCCUUUCUGGCCUUGGAUUGAAGACUUUCGUGACGAAAUCAACAUUUGGUGCCAUAUUUGAUAAUAAAGCUCCUUCCUUAGAUGAGUCAAAAGAUUUGCUUGAAGAUUCUAGAUCACCAUUCACAAUUUUAUAUGACGAGAUGGAUUCAGAUGACGAUCAAGUGUUGACUAUGUUGAGGAUUUAUAAUCAUUUAACGUUAGUCCACCUAAUCAAUUGCAUUUUUUCAGGAAGGAUGUGUAUUUUAGACGAAAUAAGAUUGAACUACUGUAAUGCUACUUUAAGCUUACCAAGUGCUACUAAUUUUGAUGGUAGAAUGGUUAGUGAGAUAUCAAUUUUAUUAAUAGCUUAUAAUUAUAUUCAAGUGAAUUUGAAUGCUGGGAUGUCAGCAUCAUUGAAAGAAUGCGAGACAGGGUUCAUUUCCGUGAAGGAUGAGAUACGUAUCUGGUAUGACCAGUGGGAACACCUUUUUAAUCAACCAGCGUUACAAUUUGUGGAAUUUUGCUUUAAUUUUUGUUUGGUUGUGAUAUAUUAUUCCUAUAAUUUCCAAAAACUAAACAUAAAGAACAAGGGCUCUAAUAAUACUUUGGGUGGAAACGGACGACUGUUUCUUGAUUUGUAUGGUGAGAAUAACAUUGGCUUUAUUUUACCUCGCUGCGAUAAGCAGUCAUUGAUUAAGAUGACGCGUCACGCAAAUAACGUUGUCAAGUCUAUAAAUGUAAUUGAAAGUGACUCCUACUUUGCUUAUUUAUCUGAUCAAAUUCAUUUUUGUUUCUAUUUCAGUGCAAUUAUAUUAAUAAAAUUAUUGAAGUAUUUCAAGACUUCUGAGCAAUUAGACAUACUAGAUGGCAUUGAACUUGAUAAAAACUCGAAUUCUGAGAGUGCCUUCGUGGAGAUAAAGACCAACAUUGAUAACUUGAUUGAAAAGUAUGGAAGAAUAGGACAAGGCAAUUCAGACGAUAUUAUUACCAAAUAUAAAUUUGGUUUAGAAGACGUUUUAAAGAAAGAACUUAAAGCUUAG